AUGAAGGGAGCUAUUCUGGGUGCCGCAGCUGUGCUGCUGGGCUCCGCGCAGGCCGAGGUCCACAAGAUGAAGCUCAAGAAGAUCCCGCUUUCUGAGCAGCUGGAGAGCAUCCCCAUGGAGAGCCAGAUGCGAGGUCUUGGCCAGAAGUACAUGGGCGCCCGUCCCGACGCACAUGCUCAAGCUGUGUUCCAGGACACAUCCAUCCACAUGGACAAGGACCACACUGUUCCCAUCUCCAAUUUCAUGAACGCUCAGUACUUCUCCGAGAUCCAGAUCGGUUCGCCGCCCCAGGACUUCAAGGUCAUCCUCGACACCGGCAGCUCCAACCUCUGGGUUCCCUCCUCUUCCUGCGGCAGCAUCGCCUGCUACCUCCACUCCAAGUACGAUUCUUCCGCUUCUUCCACAUACAAGAAGAACGGCACCGAGUUUGAGAUCCGCUACGGAUCCGGCAGCUUGAGCGGCUUUGUGUCCCAGGAUACUAUGACUAUCGGUGACCUUGAGAUCAAGAACCAGGAUUUCGCCGAGGCCACCAGUGAGCCCGGUCUAGCGUUCGCCUUUGGUCGUUUCGACGGUAUUCUUGGUAUGGGGUUCGACCGCUUGUCUGUCAACGGCAUCGUCCCUCCUUUCUACCAGAUGAUCAACCAGAAACUGAUUGACGAGCCUGUCUUCGCCUUCUACCUCGAUGGGGAGAACGGCGGCGACAACUCCGAGGUCGUCUUCGGUGGCGUUGACGAGGACCACUACAAGGGCAAGAUCACCGAGAUCCCCCUGCGACGCAAGGCCUACUGGGAGGUUGACCUGGACUCCAUCUCUCUUGGCAAGGAGACUGCCGAGCUUGAGAACACUGGUGUCAUCUUGGACACUGGCACCUCUUUGAUCGCUCUGCCCACCGAGCUUGCUGAGCUGAUCAACAAGGAGAUUGGUGCUAAGAAGAGCUACAACGGCCAAUACACAAUCGAAUGCUCUCUCCGUGACUCGCUGCCCGACGUCACCUUUACGCUGAGCGGCUACGACUUUGCGAUAAGUGCGUACGACUACAUUCUCGAAGUUCAGGGCAGCUGCAUUUCCACUUUCAUGGGAAUGGACUUCCCUGCUCCAGUUGGUCCCCUUGCCAUCCUGGGUGAUGCCUUCCUCCGAAAAUGGUACUCCAUCUACGACCUUGGCAAGGGCACAGUCGGUCUCGCCGAGGCCAAGUAG